GAUUCUCAGGGCUCCAACUACACAAAGCCCCACAAACCGGCUGCUGGGCUGCAGGGAAGCUCACUCCAGAAUUUAAAGUGCUCAGGCUACAGAGACACCCUGAAGCCAUAGAAAGACAAAGGAACCGGUUUAAACACACAACGUGUCCAGUGAGGACUUUGCAGAAUUCUGUAACCAGACUACAAUGGCCGCUCAAAGGAAUCGCUCAAAGGAAUCAAAGGAUUGCAGUGAGCUGGUCUUGCUCUGCCUCUUCCUCGGGAUUCCAUGGGAGGCUGGAGCCCGGCAGAUCUCCUACUCAAUUCCUGAGGAAUUAGAGAAAGGCUCUUUCGUGGGCAACAUCUCCAAAGACUUGGGGCUGGCGCCCGGAGAGCUGGCGGAGCGCGGAGUCCGCAUAGUCUCCAGAGGUAGGACGCAGCUUUUCUCUCUGGACCCGCGCAGCGGCAGCUUGGUCACCGCGGGCAGGAUAGACCGGGAGGAGCUCUGCGCUCAGAGCGCGCGGUGCCUGGUGAGUUUUAAUAUCCUUGUGGAAGAAAGGGUGAAACUUUUUGGGAUAGAAAUAGAAGUAACUGAUAUAAAUGACAAUGCUCCAAAAUUCCAAGCAGAAAAUCUAGACGUAAAAAUUAAUGAAAAUGUCGCCACGGGAAUGCGUUUUCCUCUCCCGGAAGCUAUUGAUCCGGAUGUGGGCGUGAACUCCCUGCAGAGCUAUCAGCUCAGCCCCAAUAGGCACUUCUCACUAAGAGUUCAGAGCCGUGCCAAUGGCGUCAAGUACCCGGAGCUGGUACUGGAGCAUGCCCUAGAUCGCGAGGAAGAGGCCAUUCACCACCUGGUCCUCACCGCCUCCGACGGGGGUGACCCUCUCCGAUCUGGCACUGUCCUCGUCAGCGUGACUGUCUUCGAUGCAAAUGACAACGCGCCGGUCUUCACCUUACCAGAAUACCGAGUGAGUGUUCCUGAGAAUUUGCCUGUGGGCACUCAGCUGCUGACAGUCACAGCCACCGACAGGGACGAAGGUGCCAAUGGAGAAGUGACAUAUGCAUUCCGAAAAUUACCUGAUACGCAAUUGUUGAAGUUCCAACUAAACAAAUAUACUGGAGAAAUAAAAAUAUCAGAAAAUCUAGAUUAUGAAGAAACUGGUUUCUAUGAAAUAGAAAUACAAGCAGAAGAUGGAGGAGCAUAUCUUGCAACUGCAAAAGUGUUGAUUACAGUAGAAGAUGUAAAUGACAACAGUCCAGAGGUAGUCAUCACGUCUCUAUUUAGUCCAGUGACUGAAGAUUCACCUCUGGGAACAGUCGUAGCCCUUUUAAAUGUGCAUGAUUUAGACUCUGAGCAGAAUGGACGGGUAACCUGUUCCAUUUUGGCGUAUCUACCAUUUAAAUUAGAAAAGUCCAUUGAUAGUUAUUACAGAUUGGUGAUACACAGAGCCCUUGACAGGGAACAGGUAUCCUCUUACAAUAUCACAGUAACAGCCACAGAUGGGGGAAGUCCACCUCUAUCAACGGAAAUUCACUUUAUGCUACAAGUGGCAGAUAUCAAUGACAACCCACCUACCUUCUCUCAUGUAUCCUACUUUACCUAUAUCCCAGAGAACAACGCCAGGGGUGCCUCCAUCUUCUCAGUGACAGCGCUGGACCCGGACAGCAAAGAGAAUGCCCGGAUUAUUUACUCCCUGGCUGAAGACACCAUCCAGGGGGCACCUCUGUCCUCAUACAUAUCCAUCAACUCAGACACUGGCGUCCUGUAUGCACUCAGAUCCUUUGACUAUGAGCAAUUCCAUGAGCUACAGAUGCAGGUGACAGCCAGCGACAGCGGAGAUCCUCCACUCAGCAGCAAUGUGUCGUUGAGCCUGUUUGUGCUGGACCAGAACGACAAUGCGCCCGAGAUCCUGUACCCUGCCCUCCCCACAGACGGUUCCACUGGCGUGGAGCUGGCGCCCCGCUCCGCAGAGCCCGGCUACCUGGUGACCAAGGUGGUGGCGGUGGACAGAGACUCGGGCCAGAACGCNUGGCUGUCCUACCGCCUGCUCAAGGCCAGCGAGCCGGGACUCUUCGCGGUGGGGCUGCACACCGGCGAGGUGCGCACGGCGCGGGCCCUGCUGGACAGAGACGCGCUCAAGCAGAGCCUUGUGGUGGCCGUCCAGGACCACGGCCAGCCCCCUCUCUCGGCCACCGUCACGCUCACCGUGGCUGUGGCCGACAGCAUCCCCGAAGUCCUGGCGGACCUCAGCAGCCUCGAGUCUCUGGCUAACUCUGGAACCUCAGACCUCACUCUGUACCUGGUGGUAGCGGUGGCUACGGUCUCCUGCGUCUUCCUGGCCUUCGUCAUCGUGCUGCUGGCGCUCAGGCUGCGGCGCUGGCACAAGUCACGCCUGCUGCAGGUUUCAGGAGGCGGCUUGACAGGGGUGCCCGGCUCGCACUUUGUGGGCGUGGACGGGGUGCGGGCUUUCCUGCAGACCUAUUCCCACGAGGUCUCCCUCACCGCGGACUCGCGGAAGAGUCACCUGAUCUUCCCCCAGCCCAACUACGCUGACACGCUCAUCAGCCGGGAGAGCUGUGAGAAAAAGGAUCCUUUGUCUUUGUUAAAUGAUUCGAAGUUUCCUUUAGAGGAUACCCCAUUGGUUCCAGUGAGUUUUACUUUUAUUUUUACUCUUUUUCUGUUGUUAAAAAAGAUUGCUGGAAAAGCGGGGACCCAGCGAGAACCCAAGCGAACGAUGGGAGGGAGCUGCGCGCAGAGGCGCCGGGCCGGCCCGCGGCAGGUACUAUUUCCCUUGCUGCUGCCUUUGUUCUACCCCGCGCUGUGUGAGCCGAUCCGCUACUCGAUUCCGGAGGAGCUGGCCAAGGGCUCGGUGGUGGGGAACCUCGCUAAGGAUCUUGGGCUCAGUGUCCUGGAUGUGUCGGCUCGCAAGCUGCGAGUUAGCGCGGAGAAGCUGCACUUCAGCGUAGACGCGGAGAGCGGGGACUUACUUGUGAAGGACCGAAUAGACCGUGAGCAAAUAUGCAAAGAGAGAAGAAGAUGUGAGUUGCAACUGGAAGCUGUGGUGGAAAAUCCUUUAAAUAUUUUUCAUAUCAUUGUGGUGAUUGAGGAUAUUAAUGACCACGCCCCUCAAUUCCAGAAAGAUGAAAUAAACUUAGAAAUCAGUGAAUCUGUCAGCCCGGGAAUGGGAACAAUUCUUGAGUCUGCAGAAGAUCCUGAUAUUAGUAUGAAUUCGCUGAGCAAAUACCAACUAAGUCCUAACGAGUAUUUCUCAUUGGUGGAGAAAGACAAUCCUGAUGGUGGCAAAUAUCCAGAAUUAGUAUUGCAGAAGACUCUGGACCGAGAAACGCAGAGCGCUCACCACUUGGUACUGACUGCCUUAGAUGGUGGGGACCCUCCCCGAAGCGGUACUGCUCAGAUAAGAAUCCUGGUAAUAGAUGCCAAUGACAACCCCCCAGUGUUCAGCCAGGACGUGUACAGGGUCAGCCUACGAGAAGACGUGCCUCCAGGCACCUCCAUCCUGAGAGUGAAGGCCACUGACCAGGACGAGGGCAUCAACUCGGAGAUCACUUACUCCUUCCUUGGUGUGGCUGACAAAGCUCAGCACGUGUUCUCUCUGGAUUACGCUACAGGAAACAUUCUAACUCAGCAGCCUUUGGAUUUUGAAGAAGUGGAAAGAUAUACGAUGAACAUAGAGGCAAAAGACCGAGGAUCUCUCUCAACACGUUGUAAAGUAAUUAUAGAAGUUCUAGACGAAAAUGACAACAGCCCAGAAAUAAUCAUCACGUCACUCCCUGAUCAGAUUAUGGAGGAUUCCCCUCCAGGAGUGGUUGUUGCCCUCUUCAAAACACGGGACCGAGACUCAGGGGAAAAUGGGGAAGUCAGGUGUAGUUUAAGUAGAGGUGUUCCAUUUAAGAUUCAUUCUUCUUCUAAUAAUUACUACAAGCUAGUAACAGAUGGGGCCCUGGAUCGGGAGCAGACCCCAGAGUACAACGUCACCAUCGCAGCCACCGACAGGGGCAAGCCUCCGCUCUCCUCCAGCAAAACCAUAACCCUGCACAUCACUGACGUCAACGACAACGCGCCCGUUUUCGGACAGUCCGCCUACCUGGUCCAUGUGCCAGAAAACAACCAGCCAGGUGCCUCCAUAGCGCAAGUCAGUGCCUCUGACCCAGACUUCGGGCCCAAUGGCCGUGUCUCCUACUCUCUCGUUGCCAGCGACCUGGAGUCACGAACGCUGUCGUCCUACGUGUCCGUGAGCGCGCAGAACGGGGUGGUGUUCGCGCAGCGCGCCUUUGACCACGAGCAGCUGCGCGCCUUCGAGCUCACGCUGCAGGCCUGCGACCAGGGCUCGCCCGCGCUCAGCGCCAAUGUGAGCCUGCGCGUGUUGGUGGGCGACCGUAACGACAACGCACCGCGGGUGCUGUACCCUGCGCUGGGUCCCGACGGCUCCGUGGUCUUCGACACAGUGCCGCGGGCCGCACAGCCAGGCUACCUGGUGACCAAGGUGGUGGCCGUGGACGCCGACUCGGGGCACAAUGCCUGGCUGUCCUACCACGUGGUGCAUGCCAGUGAGCCCGGGCUCUUCAGCCUGGGGCUGCGAACUGGCGAGGUGCGCAUGGCGCGUGCUUUGGGUGACAAGGACUCGGUCCGCCAGCGCCUGCUAGUCGCUGUAAGAGAUGGAGGACAGCCACCUCUUUCAGCCACUGCCAUGCUGCACCUGGUGUUCGCAGAUAGCUUGCAAGAGGUACUGCCGGAUUUCAGCGACCGUCCCACACCCUCUGACUCCCAGGCUGAGAUGCAGUUUUACCUGGUGGUGGCCUUGGCCUUGAUUUCUGUGCUCUUUCUACUCGCGGUGAUUCUAGCUAUCGCUCUACGCCUAAGACAGUCUUUCAGCCCUACUGCAGGGGGCUGCUUUGAGUCAGUUCUCUGCUCCAAGUCCGGACCUGUGGGUCCCCCCAGCUACAGUGAGGGAACGUUGCCCUAUGCCUAUAAUUUUUGUGUGCCUGGGGAUCAAAUGAAUCCUGAAUUUAAUUUCGUCACAUCUGUUGAUCAUUGUCCAGCCACACAAGAUAACUUCAACAAAGAUAGCUCUUCCAUGCUACUGGCUAGCAUUUUAACUCCUAGCUUGGAAGCAAAUAAGAUUCUUAAACAGGUAAGUAUUUAAAAAUGUGUUUAAUCCUUUUUAUAUUACAAUAUGCCAAUAUAUUUCAAUAAAGUGAUAUUAUUUUAAGAUUCUAGAUAACCUCUUCAUAGAGUUCCCAAAAUAUAGGUCAAAUUUAUGGCUAUCAUUGUUAAAACAAA